GCAUUCUCACGUGAUUGUCUCACGUAUCGUUAUGGCGGAAACUGCGGAAAAGGAGCCUAUGUCUGAUGAAGAAACAACAGAUGAGUCUGAGGAAGAUAUCAGUGAAGAAGAGCCCAAAUUGAAGUAUGAAAGGCUUUCUAAUGGAGUUGGAGAAAUCAUUCAAAAGGAUGUAGCCAGUUGCAUGACAAUCCAUGAGAAAUUUUUGGCACUUGGAACACAUUAUGGCAAAGUUUAUUUGUUAGAUGUCCAGGGAAACAUCACACAAAAGUUUGACAUUGUAAGUACAAAUUAUUUACCAUAUGACUAUUGCAACCUAAAAUACUGUGUUCAAAAUAAUAUAACAUUUAUACUUAAUUUAUUCUUCUGUGAGACAAUGAAAUUAUAUGAAGAAAUGUUAGUGAUGGUUAAAAGUUUUUAUGAAAAUGUGACAAAGAAUCAUAAGGAGAUGAUGGGAUUGUUCAAAGAUAAAGAUGUGAGUGUAGAAGACCCUCAACAAAUGGUGGGAAAAGAUUAA